CGAGUGCCUUGCGGCUUAUGGUCCAAUAGUUCAUUACUCUUAAAACAUUACGUACAUCGUAUGUACAUACCACAGACGUCAAGCUUUUAAAUUCCCCGUCUUAUUUCGAGACACAGAUGCCUAUAUUAAAAUUUGAAGGACAAAGAUCAGAAUAGAAACAAAGACGAGCGCAGCCAUGCCGACCGAAAGGGAGCUCCAGAUAUCUCCUAUUGUGCCGGAGUCGGUAAUGCACAACUCAAAGGCUCUAUCCAACCUCCAGACCCUUACUGCUUCCAUAUUCGGCGCUGCGGCUGGCAUCUUAGGCCUCGAAUCCUACAGCGGAUUCCUCUUCUACUUUAUCUUCACCAUCCUCACCACUGUCCUCUUCUACACAAUCCGCGUUGCACCCACGUCGUUAAAGGCAGGCCACGGUAUUUUCGAUACGAGCAGAUACUUUAGAACGCAGUACGAGUUCUGGACAGGAGGUCUUUUUAAUGGACUUGCGGGAUACAUAUUAACGUGGACGUUGUUCUACGGUCUAGUGAGAGCCUGAUAGGACUACCUAUUCUCAUCUAGGAAGAUUGCGAGGCGUUUGGCAAUAGAACAGAUAUACAUCAACGAACUCAUGACCGGCUAGGCUAGACCACGUGGGCAUGGAUAGAGUAGUCCUGAACAAUGUCGA